AGAGAGAGAGAGAGAGAAGUAGGUGACAGUAGAAGCUGACAGACAAGACUAACAAGAUGAACGAAGCUACGAGAAAGAGAACAACAUGUGCAAAAUGAAGGGAUGCCAAAUGAUCUACGUCUUUUUCUUCUUCACAGUCGCCAUUACUGUCGUGGCUGGGCAAUCUGCAGAUGUGAGUAUCUCGGGUACUACAGUCACACUGACCUGUCCAGCUGAUCAGGAGGAAGACGUACAAUGGUACAAAUAUGGAGAAGACAGCCCAGUCGAAAAAGGAAGAAACAUCUAUAGCAUAACUCCAUACACUGACAAGAGCGGUGGAUUCUACUACUGCAGUUAUGAAGCAGAAUCAAAAACUCAUCACUUCUACAUCAAGGCCAAGGUGUGUGAGGGGUGUGUUGAUAUGGACAUGAUUGUGGCGUUCGGGGUGGUAUUCGCAGAUGUGAUGAUCACACUUGGGAUUGUGGCCAUAGUUUACUUCUGUGCUAAGAAUAAGGCUGGAACUGCUGCCCCUCAGAGAGCGACACAACCACGUCAACCACGGGGACCAGCAAGGGGACCUCCACCUCCUGACCCUGACUAUCAGCCUCUGAACCCGGCCACACGUUCCAAUGACGUGUACGCUCAGGCACAUCAGCGGCGAUAGUGGACCUCUAAUCACCGGAGCGUAUUAUAGACAUCAGCUUACAUACGCAUAGGAACCCUGCACACACACACACACACACACACACACACACACACACACACACACACACACAGAGAGUAGUUUUUGUUAAAGAAAAAGGAAAUUCUCACUUGUAUUAAACGAUAUUAAUCACAUUAACAGAAAAUGAAUUAAUCAGUAUGAGGAAAUAAGUACAUGCCAGACACAUACACUGUAUAUAAUAUAUAUGUAUAUGAUAUACAGUAUAUCAACGAUAUAAUGAGGAAAUAAGACAUUAAAAAGCCGAUUCACCACCGGCUCUUGCACGAAUAGUAUAUUCUUAUAAAUAUUCAUAUAAUACAAAUAUUAAUAUCUGAAAGAAAUACAUAAUGCCGUAUGAACAUGUUGUAAUACAAAUGUCAUUAAUUAUCACAAAAAAUGAAAAGAUUUUGCAACUUUUAAAUUUUUUUUACAAAGCUUUUUAGCAAAUAGUAAACAAGAAUGUAUGUUUCUUUUCCCAUGAGUAGCUUUAGAUUUCUUUUUAAUUCCAGUGCGACUUUCAAAUUGCGUGUGACUCGAUCGAUUAUUCAGGUUAUUAUAUUAUGUUACUAAUGAUGUGACCUAAGGAAAAAGCACCUGGAAAUUUUCUUUUUCAAUAUUUUACCCUGCAGUAAGGUAUCUUAGUUGAUGUCAUUCUUUUUCAACUUUGUACUUCAGAAAAUUAAAACCGAUCAUACUUUGUAACUUAUAAAAUCAUUCUAAUGAAAACGUACACCCACUUGACAGGUCAGUGGUACGUGCUUUAGGACCUAGAGGACGUAGUGUGGCUUCAAAACGUAUAUAAAGCAUAUAAUUAAUUGACCUUAAAGAUUACUGUGGUCGUUUUAAAGCAUACAUUGUAUUUACAACCACAGACUUUGCUUGUAUUUCCGCUUUCAUUCAGUAAAUUUAAUUUUCAUUUACUUCAAACUUUGAGGUGAUUUUAAUUUGCGAUCAUUAAUAAACGGUAAAAGACACAGUUCUUAACUAUGAUAAACAAUGACGCUUAUGCUACAGGAUUUAUGAAUACUAGCGUUAUAGAAAACAGUGUAGAAAUACUUUUAAAUAUUCUAGUAUUUAUUUGUGUGCCUUAUUUUUUGGGUUCAAAGAAAUUUUCAGAUUUCUGCAAAAUCUCAUAUUCUCCAUUGCGCAACGGAUUACUAUUGGCUUAGAAGAGUUUUUUUGUUUGUUUGUUUUUAAAUCACUAUAACUUUCUUGGUAUAAAGCUACUAGAACAUUCUUCCAAGUAAUAAUCAAAUGUAAAGCAAUAUGAUAUUUACAUGCUAAAAGUUUCUAUUUCUGUGCGUAAAUACGUACGAACCGUCUCAACGAGCACGUUUACGUGACAUGAUUUCACAUUUUAAUAGAAAUUCAGAUUAGGAUUGUUUGAAACUCCACUGCUGAUUUAUACAGAAUCACGCUCGCCAUGUUUACUAGAAACGAGCUGGAAAUAUCAACAUGACUGAUUCUGUGGGAUGUCAGGUUUCUGUUUUACGACUUGUUUUUAAACACAUCACUGUUCCAACCAAUCAGAUGGGUUGACUCAUGGAGAUAUAAACUUUUUUCCUUCGUCUAAAUUUUUUUUUAAACAUAUGUGCGUGUACAUAUGUGAGCUUUUCUCAAAUCGAUAUCAUACUUCUUUUUUUUUUCACGUGCCUUAAAUGCUGUUUUUUGUUAUGAAUUUGCACAAUAAAGUUGCAUUUGCAGUCAAAUA